UGCGUGUGGACUCUUGCCUGGGGCCCGAGUGAAUGGCCCCCAGGGACAGAGCGGAGGCAGAGGCUCCGCCACCUCCUCGGGGCUGGGCGUGGCCUGGAAAGAUAGUGGCAAUGGGUGCCCUGGCAGGCUUCUGGGUCCUCAGCCUGCUCACCUAUGGCUACCUGUGCUGGGGCCAGAGCUUAGAAGAGAAGGGGCCCCUGAAAACUCAAGCUGCAGAGAGACCUGAAGCAGGCUCAACGGGCACCUCCCAGCCCCAUCUCAUUUUCAUUUUAGCAGAUGAUCAGGGAUUUAGGGAUGUGGGCUACCAUGGAUCUGAGAUAAAGACUCCCACCCUUGACAAACUCGCUGCGGAAGGCGUUAAACUAGAGAACUACUAUGUCCAGCCUAUUUGCACACCGUCCAGGAGCCAGUUUAUUACAGGAAAGUACCAGAUUCACACAGGACUCCAGCAUUCCAUCAUCAGACCUACCCAACCCAACUGUCUACCUCUAGACAACGCAACCCUACCUCAGAAGCUGAAGGAGGUCGGCUAUUCAACCCAUAUGGUUGGGAAAUGGCACUUGGGGUUUUACAGGAAAGAAUGCAUGCCCACCAAGAGAGGAUUCGAUACUUUCUUUGGCUCCCUUUUGGGAAGUGGAGAUUAUUAUACACACUACAAAUGUGACAGCCCCGGGAUGUGUGGCUAUGACUUAUAUGAAAACGACAAUGCUGCUUGGGACUAUGACAAUGGCAUUUAUUCAACACAGAUGUAUACUCAGAGAGUGCAGCAAAUCUUAGCUUCCCAUGACCCCACAAAACCUAUAUUUUUAUAUAUUGCCUACCAAGCUGUCCACUCACCACUGCAAGCCCCUGGCAGGUAUUUUGAACACUACCGAUCUAUUGUCAACAUCAACAGGAGGAGGUAUGCAGCCAUGCUCUCCUGCUUGGAUGAAGCAAUCCACAAUGUGACCCUAGCUCUGAAGAGGUAUGGUUUCUAUAACAAUAGUAUUAUCAUAUAUUCCUCAGAUAAUGGUGGACAGCCCAUGGCAGGAGGAAGUAACUGGCCUCUCAGAGGCAGCAAAGGAACAUAUUGGGAAGGGGGCAUCCGGGCAGUUGGUUUUGUGCACAGCCCACUUCUGAAAAACAAGGGAACAGUGUGCAAGGAACUUGUGCACAUCACAGAUUGGUACCCCACCCUAAUUUCGCUGGCUGAAGGGCAGAUUGAUGAAGACAUUCAGCUAGAUGGAUAUGAUAUCUGGGAGACCAUAAGUGAAGGUCUUCGCUCACCCCGAGUGGAUAUUCUGCACAACAUUGACCCCAUUUACACCAAGGCAAAAAAUGGCUCCUGGGCAGCAGGUUAUGGAAUCUGGAACACGGCAAUCCAGUCAGCCAUCCGCGUGCAACACUGGAAGCUGCUCACGGGAAAUCCUGGCUACAGUGACUGGGUCCCCCCUCAGGCUUUCAGCAAUCUGGGCCCAAACCGAUGGCACAAUGAGAGGAUUACCUUGUCAACUGGCAAAAGUAUCUGGCUUUUCAACAUCACGGCUGAUCCAUACGAGAGGGUGGACCUAUCUGGCCGGUAUCCUGGCAUCGUGAAGAAGCUGCUGAGGAGACUGUCACAGUUCAACAAGACCGCAGUGCCUGUCAGGUACCCCCCGAAGGAUCCCAGAAGCAACCCUAGGCUCAAUGGAGGAGUCUGGGGCCCAUGGUAUAAAGAGGAAAACAAGAAAAAGAAGACAAACAAAACUAAGGCUGAGAAAAAGCAAAAGAAAAGUAAACCUGGGACGAGGAAACAGCUGACAGUGCACUCUUCAACAAAAUGCCACCCAAGUGUUACCACUGGCUAAAUGCAAGACUUUCUGACUUGGUUAAAUAUAAAUAGCCUGGUUUCUAGGUAAUUCGGAGAAUUUGCCUCAGAAGUACCACUGCCAGCUGCCUCGGGCUUAUUUUCACUUUGCUCUCUGCCAGCCACUCCUGGCAUCUGGCUGCCACGUGGACCAAACCACCCUCCUGAGUGCCAAAGGUGAUGCUCCUGCAGGCCACACAGGGAGGAGAAUGCAAUCAUUUAAUCCUCUCAAGCCUCUGAGUGAUUAGUCAGUUGACAAAACAGAAUGCUUUGAAUUGUGACAGGGACUGGGACCUGUAGUGAGCAGGAGCACUAACCUGAUUGAAAUUACAGGGUAACAUGAUUAAAGACGACUAUUGAUACAGUCAAAGACUGUGUUACCUCAAAAGCCUAAAAGCAAUAUUUCCAAAUGAAAAAUUUUAUCUGUAACAUAUGCAACUUGGGCUUUUAGACUAAUUCAAUUUUGUGUUGUCUUUGUCUCUUCGCUGAGAAAAAGCUGUUUUUCAUAGGUGGACAGCUUACACCUCAUCUUAUCGUGCUUAAAGGAAGAGAAGAUAAUGUCUGAGCAUUGCCAAGAAUGAAUGUAACCACGUCCCAGACACAUUAAUAGAACAAUAAUUUUAGUAGAACAUGCCUAAUUUAUUUUUCAAAAAAGUUAUGAAAAUGAUUUUAAUUAUUUUAUUUUUGGUUUCUAAGUAAGAAUUUUAUUUCAGUUCCUUAAAGUUACUAAGCACUGUAAUGUCAUAAAUGACUGUAAUAUCAUGUUGACUGUAGUAUCAUGUAUGUUCAUAAAAUAUAAAAGUCAUUCAGAAAAAAGUUACAGUCAUCAGUUUCUCACCAUCAUUUGAAUGUAAGAAGAAGAUAUUUUUAAAAUUUUGUAAAUUUGUUAUUGUACAGAGCUGAUUUUACUUUAUUGUUUCUACCAUAAACUAUUUAUGCAUAUUAAUUAUUAAAGUGAUUUAUUUUA